CUCGGGUCGCGGCGAAACACGCCGGUUUAAAAUAACAUUCUCAAUACUUUUUUUUUUUUUUUAUUUAAAGAAAAAAAAAUUAAUAUUUAUAAAUUUAUUAUAAAAUAACAUUUAUGUUUUUAAAAAUAACAUAAAAAAAUUUUACGCUAUUGGAUAAAAGUUAUGUUACAUAAUUAACUGUGUCAUAUUUUUUUCAUUUUGUGAUAAUUGUGCAAAGAGUGAUAUUCAAUUGUGAUUCGUGUCAGACGUGACUUCAAUACAAAAAAAUAAUAUAAUCAGUCACUCGAUUGUUUUUGAGUGUAAAUAGUGGUAUUUUUAUUAUUAUUGUUAUUUUUAUUUAUUUCUUAUUGCUUGUAAAAUGAGCCGAGUUUCACACGGUGGUUUGGAGGUGGAGAGAUAUAUUGGAAGUUGUUUAAUAUCGUCAACCGUUAGGCCAAAUUUACAAAAGACAUCAAUAACAACAAAAAAACAAGAACAAUCACAAUUAAUAGGACAACGAAAUAAUAAUUCAAAAUGUUAUUCACCUAAUAAUUAUUCGUCUGGCCCAGAUCAGUGUCAGUAUAAUAGUAAUAACAAUAAUAAUAAUUGGACAGUUUCAAUGACAUCUAGUCCACGAAGAAAUAAUCAGCGUUUAUCACCACCACCUUGUCAGCAAUUACAACAACAACAACAACAACAACAUUUACCUAUUGACCAGUCUCAACAACAAUCACAACAGCAACACUUGCAAAAUCGUAGUCCUUUAUCAAGACUUGCUAUUCAUACACAAGGUGCACCUCUUAUUGUAACUGGGCGUUAUCAAAAUCGUGGAAAAAUUCAAAAUUGUAAUAAUAUUGUAAAUAGUAGUGUUAAUGUUAAUAAUUUUUGCAAUAUUAAUAAUAACAUUGGUACAACAAUGUCAAUUGGUAGGUGUAUGCCUCAACGUGGUGCUCAAAAACCAAUUGAUACAUCACGUAAAUUUCAACAACAAAUCCAACAACAACAACAACAUCAAAGUCAAAUUCAAAAUCAACAAUUAAAUUGUAAAAAUGAUUGUCAAACAUCAAAAGCAGACAAUACAUCAAUAACAAAUGUUGCAAAUAUUGAUUCAUUGAGUAUUGCUAGUGAUGAAAGUUCAAAUAAUUCAGAAAAUAGUUUACCAAGAAUAAUAAAACCACGUAAACGUAGAAAGAAAGAUAGAAAACCAACAAAUACAAUAUUAAAUGAAACAACAAAACAAGAUGAUCAAAUAAUAACAACAAAUUCAGAUCAAUUAAAUAGUGUUACAAUAAAACCAUAUGUAACAACAGUUAAUUAUGAUACACGUUAUGAUUCUGCUGUACAUCGUUCACACAGACGACCACCAGUUGGAAGAGAAAGUUACAAUAGGAUACAAACAUCACCGUCAAUGCAAGAGAUUGUCGACACGAGGCAAAGAUUUGCACAUCGACACGUGCAAGUGAAAGUGCUUGAUGACAACCGUAAUAUUAUUGUUGAUGCACCAAUUCGCACAAUGAGUGUUGCUAAAGGCUAUCGUAAUUAUCAUCAUCCUAAUCAUCUUGUCAAUAAUACAGGAAAUCGUAUUAAUAAUAAUAAUAACAAUAAUAGUAAUAACAACAACAACAACAACAAUAAUAAUAAUAAUAAUAGUAAUAAUAAUAUUGUUAAUAUUAAUAAUGAUAAAAAUAUUUCCACAUUUCAUGUGGAUCAUUAUGAUAAUGGUUGUGAAAGAAUUGGAAUUGUUGAUGAUUCUGGUUCCUGUCAGUGUCGUUAUUGUGAUCCAUCAGGACUUAUUUGGGAUGUUGAUCAACAUGUCUAUUCUCCCUAUUUGACACCAUCACCACCACACACAUCUCAUGAAUUUAAUGGACUACAUUAUUCUCAUUUACCGUUGUUUAUGUCGCGUUCAAGUCUAGACUCCUGUCAGGAACAGGUUGAAUACUUUGACGUUGAAGAUCCUCUUCGAAUUCAUCAUCAUCAACAACAACACAAUCAUCAUCAUCAUCAUCAUCAUCAAAAUCAACACCAACAACAACAACAGCAACACCACCACCACCAACAACAACAACAGCAACGUUUGCCUUCUGGCAAUUGUCGUCAAGAACGUCUUGAACCAAAUGGUUGUAGUCUUUUGAGAAGAAGCUGGAGUGAUCCAACUAGUUAUUUCAGUGAUCAAAUUAGUACACCAAUUCGUGAUGUUGGUGUAAUUGGUGAUAGAGGUCAAACCGAUGUACCAAGAGGUAGAAGUUCUUGGCCAGGUAGUGCAUCAUCAGGUGUAUUAACAACAAGUACAAAUUUAUCCGGUCUUGGACCAACAAUUAAUUCAGAAACAUCUGUACAAAGUUUGGAGGUGUCAACUGAAAUAGUCACAUCAUUAAAUGGUCAUCGUGAUCUUGAAAUUAAAUUUUAUUCAUCAUCACCAAAUGCUGCUAAUACAGAAGAAGAAAAAUCAUUAUUCAACGAUGACAAUGAGGAUUUUAGUGACAUUUGGAGUUACCAUGAGUCAAAAUUACAACAAGACUUUCGUACAUUGUUACAAGCUGAAGAGUAGUGAAGAAAAAAAAAAUAAAAAUAAAUAAUAUUUUCCAAAAUAUUUAAUUGAAUAAGUGAGAAAGUGGAUUAUUAUAUAGUGUAUUAUAUUAACGUACGCAUGCGAUACUAGGAUGGAAGAAAAAACAUUGAUUUGUAUCAUCGAUAAAAAAAUAAAAAAUAAAAGUGAAAUUGAAAUUGAUAAUGAGAAAUUAUAAUGAGGAUGGAGAGAUAGGUUGCGAAGCGUAGAACAAGUAGACGAUGUCGAGGUUUAGUAGAAAUGACAGGGAACAAACAAACAAAGAGCCAAAAAAAAAAAAAAAAAAUGUAAUAAGACAGGUGCAAGUUGCGUGUAUGCAUAUAUGGGGAAGGCAAAUAGGUGGUAGUAGUACAACACAUGAAAUCCAGCUUUAAACUUGUAACGAUCACGAUGUUUGUGAUGGUGUAUAUAGCGAAAAGGGUCUAUAGCCUGUAACCGCGAUAACCCCCAGGAUGGUUAAACAUGUUCUGGAUCUUUCAGCUACUAGUCGAACUCUGAGACGAGCUUAAACUGAAUAGAUGAAUAAACCACAGAACAAGACAUGAUCCUGUUAAUAAUCUCAACUCGUGUUGAUACGUACAUAUUCAUUUAAAAAAAAAAAAAUAGCAAUAAAAAUAAAUAAAUAGUAAAAAAAUAAUAAACAAAAUGAUGACAUAUUUUAAACAAUAAUUUAUUAAUUAUAUUAUUUUUUUUUGAUUGCAUUUUUUUAAAUCAUAUAAAUUUUACAAAAUUAGACAUUUGAAAAAAAUUAAAAUUUAUAUUUUAAUAUGAAAAACAAGAUAUUACGGAAAUUAUUUUUUUAUUUUAAUAUGACGUAUCGCAUGCGUUUGUAAAUGUCUCAGAGUUUUUCUAUGAUAAAAUGUGGCAAUGAAGUUAUAAUUAAUCGAAACCAAAGCCUUUAGGCGCCAACAUUUAUGCUUGUAUUACCUAUCAAGCUAAAUACAAAAAAAGAAAAAAUUAAAAUGACGUUUCAAUGAGUCCUCAUUUCCUUUCUACGUUACUCGCGAUAGCUCAUCCAUUUCCGCUUGCGGCAUCACGACACCUAUUUUGCAAAACUUCUUUAUAAAACAUGUCUAGAAUUUUUUAUUUCAUUUCUUCUUUCUCGAAAAAUACUUGUUAUUAUUUAUUAAAUUCAAUUGACACAUCGAUAAGUUUAUAAAAACCUAAAAGUUCUGAGAAUUAAAUAUUAUUUUUUUUAUUUUUUUAUUUAAAAAUUUAUGUAACAAAAUAUAAUAAAGAUUUUAUUGUUUUUUUUAUUUUUUUUCAUUCUAAUAUUACUUCUCUCUGUGAAGAAUAAUUUUUUUCUUUUUUUUUUUUUUUUUGCAACUUUUAUAUUAUUCAUUGACAUGAUAACUCGGAAAGUUACAAAAGAGACAUGUGUCGCAGUGCCGACGACCUUUACUUUAUCCUAUCGUGGCACCAGCAUAUUGACGUGUUUUGUUGAACUACUAUAAUAUGCCCUCUUAAACAUUACAUUAUUUAUUUAAUUUUUAUGAUGUUUGUCAAACAAAAAAUAUGCACAUAAAUGCAACAAUAUUAGUAAUACAUUUUUUUUUUUUACUUUACUUUGAAGAUUGUCAUUGUGUAUUUUUUGAUUAUAUUUUUAUUUUUUUUAUUUUUUCUACAAGUACAUUAUUUUAUUCAUUCUAUUUUUUAUAUAAUCGAUUUUAAAUUAGUUUUCUUUGUAUUUAUUGAAUGAGUUGAUAAGUCCGGACAAUUAGAAUAUUCAAUUUAAACGAGUUACGUGUCGUAUUUCAGUUAUUGUCGAGUCUUAUCUUUGAUUGCCAAUCAAUCGAAAUAAUCGAUCGCGAUUGUGGCGUAUAAAGUUGUCGCGACGUGUUCAUGCACUUAUUGCACUUUCACCCGAUUACUGUCAAAUAGUCUACAAUUGUCAUUCUUUUAAAUUUUUUUUCUUUUGCUGUAUUUUUUUAUUUUAUUUUUUUUUUAUUGCACUGUUUUAUUAGCAGACACUUUUACUCAACACUGUAAAAUUUUCUGAAUAUUUAAAUAUCAAGAUGAAAUUAAAUCGAUUUGCAAUGGACAUUUUUGAUUUGCAUAUUCUAAUAGUUACGAAUAAAUUUAAAUUAAACAAAAUAAAUAAAAACAAUUUCAAUUGAAAAUAAAAAAUAAUAAUAAGUCUAAUUUUUCGAGAUGAUUUAAAUUUGUAUAUUUUGUACAUAUAUAAAUAAUUUAAUAUUUAUAAAUAUAUCAAUUUAAAAAAAUAUCAUUUGUUCAAUAAAUAUUACUUGAACAAAAAUUGAUUUAAAGACUGCUUAUUUAUAGCUAAAUAUUAAUAAAUUAAUUUUUUUUUUUUUUUAAAUGUCAUCAACAAAAUAUUGGCAUUAAAAUUAUUAUUUAUAAAUUACAAAAAUAAAUUCUACCACUGAUAAAUUGACAAAAUAAAAAUCGAAAGUAAUUUAAAUAAUUAUUUUAUGAUAUAUAUUUACUUGCUUGUCUACUUGUUCUUCGUUCGUUUUUACUCCAGACUCAAAUAUCAAAUGAUUAAAAAUAAUAACAAAAUCAAUAUGUGUAAAUAUAAUAAUAAAUACGUUGUCACAAUUUUACAUUUGUUUAAAAUAAUUUCAAGUGUAAAAAUAAAAAUUGAAUGAGAAAAAAAAUUGAGCAUUCGCUCAGAAAAAAUACAGUCACGUGUGCAUGUGUGUAAGUGUUGUAAUUUGUGUGAUAAAAAAGCAUCAAAAUAAAAGUCUUUGAUAACUAUUAGUACUAUCAUAAUUACUAUUUCUUUUUUUUAAAAUUUUUUUUGUUAGCCGGGGGCAAAUGCCGAUAUAGGCAGGCGUAAACGGAAAGAGAAGUUUGUCAGUUUUUUUUCUAUUUUUAUUUUUUUUCAUUCGCGUAUACACGGCAGUUGGUCUGGAUGAUUAAUGAUCAUAGUCCCGUUGACGGUCGCCACAAAAGUGAGAAAUAUUAUACUUCACACUUGUGUGUCUUGAUGUACGUGCAUACACCAAAUAGACUUUUUUUUCAGUUGAAUCAUUUACUCACACACAUGCAUACAUAUAAUAUAGAUAUUUAUAUUAAAAAAAAAAAAAAAAAACAAAAAUUCAGUUAUAUAUAUUGAAUGCAAUCACCUCAAACUGGUGAAACGUCAAUAAACGUAGUAACCAAUGUAUUCAAAAUGUUAGUGGCACAUAUACUAUCUCAAAUAUUUUUUAUUAUUUUUUUUUUUUAUUUUGAGAUUGACAAGUAAUCGAGUGGCUCCAAGAUACGUACUCACACAUUGACAUAUAUGAUUUUACAAUAUAUGGUAUAUAUGUUGUGAUGAUGAUGAUAAAAAAAUUGUACCAACGAUUCACAACUUUUUUGUGACGAACAUGGAAAAAAAUCGAUAUCCAAUCAGUCUGUAAAUGGAAAGUUGAUAGUCGUUGUUUGCUUUUUUUUUUUUUUUUUGCUAUUUUUGCGAUCAAAAUUAACUGAUAAGUGUGUAAAUAUAGAAAAUACUUAUAAUACAAACUGGAAAAUACUAUAUAUAAUAAUAAAAUUAUAAUUAUAGAGUAUUAAAAAAAAUUUUAAAAAAAGUCUGUGACUUUGAUGAUGUGAAAAAACGAGUGUAAUCAUCAGGAUAAAAUUAAUUGAAAAUUAAUUUUAAUUUUUUAUUUUUCAGUAUUUUCAAUCUUGUUUGUAAAUCGUUGUUGAUUUUAAUUAUAUGUAUUUUCUAUUGACGUAAUUUACUACGUAUUGAUCGUUGUCACAUCGAGAUA